AUCUGCGGUGCGACGCACAAGGAGAAGCGCGCUGCGCUCCCAGUAGAGGUCCUGUGGGGACAGGAAGGAUCACACCGCACCUCUUCGGCCGAGGCGGGGACGUAAACACACUGGCACUGAAGGCAGCUGAACCAAAGGAUUUUUUACCCCGUGAGCGCUCGGUUCUCUCCCACGGGCUGCCUCGGUCACUGGUAAUCGGGCUGAACGGGGUGGUCGCCGCCUGCAUCUCUGUGUGUGUCUCUCCCCUCCUCAGCGCACAGGCGCCCUGCACUCCAGUCUGCUGACACACCGGGAGGACAGUCCGCACUACACCUCCGUGUCAUUGGGCUCUUAUGUGGAUACAACGCCAGCACAGACCCAUGGAGAUAGUUUAGUUGGAUCUGCAGCCCGCGACCUUUUACAUGAAAACAGGACAGUACUGAAGGACCUCGGAGAGCCAGAGAACGAGCGCUGGCCUUCGCUUGACUGUGUGACCAGCGAAUGAGCCUUGUUCAUGCGUCUCCCUGCGUGCCACUCCCACAUCACUAUGAACUGCGAGCAGGACUUUGCCGACGGGGGCUUGGGAGUGACCCUCACACUGCGACUGCUCAUGCAUGGAAAGGAGGUCGGCAGCAUCAUAGGAAAGAAAGGAGAGACCGUGAAACGAAUACGAGAAGAGAGCAGCGCACGGGUCAACAUCUCAGAGGGCUCGUGUCCAGAGAGGAUCAUCACCAUCACCGGCUCCACAGACAGCGUCUUCAGAGCUUUCACCAUGAUCACGUACAAACUGGAGGAGGAUCUGACUGCGCUGGUGGCCAACGGCACCAUCAGCUCCAAGCCACCAGUCACCCUGCGGCUGGUGAUCCCUGCCAGCCAGUGCGGCUCUCUCAUUGGGAAGGGAGGGGCCAAGAUAAAGGAGAUCAGAGAGAGCACCGGAGCUCAGAUACAGGUGGCAGGGGAUUUGCUGCCCAACUCUACUGAGCGAGGGGUGACGAUAUCUGGGAAUCAGGACUCGGUAAUCCAGUGUGUCAAACUCAUCUGCACAGUAAUCCUGGAGUCUCCACCAAAGGGUGCCACCAUCCCAUAUCGACCGAGCCCCUCACCGGCUGCGCUCCUCAUCGCAGGGAACCAGGUGUUUGAGGCAUCAGAAUUUGCACCUCAUCCUCUGUACUCAGUCACCCAGGGUGGCCUGGACCUCCAGCAGGCCUACACUUUACAAAACCAAUACGGCAUUCCACACUCAGAGCUGGCCAAGUUACAUCAGCUGUCAAUGCAGCAAGGCUUGAGUCCCAUUGCCCAGCCUAGUUCGACGAUGAUACCUGGGAUGGACUCAAACUCUCAGACGUCUCAGGAGCUGCUUAUCCCCAAUGAUCUGAUUGGCUCGAUCAUCGGGCGCCAGGGCACCAAGAUCAACGAGAUCAGGCAGGUUUCAGGGGCUCAGAUAAAGAUCGGCAGCCAGCUGGACGGGACAAGCGACCGCCAUGUCACGAUCACAGGAACACCAGUCAGCAUCAACUUGGCUCAGUACCUCAUUACCUCCUGUUUAGAGACAGCCAAAUCCACAGCCCAGGCAGCCACCAUGGCAACUCCAGUUGACCUCAACAUGGCCUUCACCCAGCCAGCCUCCCCGGCUGCCUCCCCCUCACCCACACUGGCCGCCAUGGGCACCCUGACCCCGGCUCACAUGCUGGGCGCCCCGUACGGUGCCAUGCCCCUGUCCGGGCUGCUCGGGGUCAAAUCUGUCCCCUUUCUGACUCUGUCCAGCCCCGCCCCCGCCGUGGCCGCCACCGCAGCGCCGUCCCACACCACCCUGGCCGCCUACACCGCCAAAAUCUCCUCAGCCAACUGCAUCAAAAAGCCAGAGAGACAGAAGUUCGCGCCCUACUGACGCGGCCCCCUGAGCUCCGCUCCAGUCAGAUGGAGGACAGCAGCAGUGUUCGUUCACAAAACGCCUGAUGUAGCCAUAUCCGCCGGCAGAGAUGCUCUUGACUUUUAUUCUUUGACGCACCAACCCGAGACGAGACCAAUGGAGAUGUGGACAGAGCUAUUAAAAGUUAUUAUAGAUAAUUUGUGAGUUUCCCAUGAAUUGAUGGACUGCUUUCAUCAUCACCUCUUCACUGUUAUUGAUCACUGAAAAAGGAAAAAAAAAAGAAAAGAAAAAAAAGAAGGGCUGGAACCUCACCUGAGAGAUACAUGUUUAAGGCUUUUUACAUGUGCAUCUCAAGUUAGAGAUCAGCUAAGUAUUUAUCCUUCAAUAAAUUUGUAAAUUAUACUCAGAUGACAGAUGCUCUACAGUACGAUGCUUUUAUACAAUGUCUAUGUUUGCCUCUUGAAGUUUUUAAGAAAAUUUGUAAAUGUCUGGGUUUUUUUCGUUGAUUUUUUUUUGUUUUGUUUUUUUUUUUAAUAAUCUGUGCUAUGGUACUGUACUGUACUUCACUUUGUUCAGUGUUACGUCCGUUUUGUUUUCAUUUGUUUUUUUUGUUUUUUGGAUUUUAUUUUGAAUGUGGUUAAUCUUUAUUUAUUAGUAUCGUUUCAUUUAUUAAAAGUCUUUGGUUCCUGA